AUCCGCCGCGCGUGUUAUGGUACCUGCAGUACGGUAGACUGCCCAUUGCUGCAUGGAUUAGGAGAAGGCGUUGGCCGUCGCAUGAAAGCUAUUUAGAUUAUUAUUAUUUGCGGGCAAACGUGACCGCCCCAGAUCGAUCCUGUGGACACUGCUCAGUGGAAGGCACUCCUGAUUCGACGGCAGCCACAUCACAUCACCCACACGCAAUCUAUUCACCAGACCACCUUAACAGGUAGUCGGGCCUCACCCGCCCUCACGUCGCACACAUGGCUCUGCAGACUCCUCGCCAGCGGAGUGGCCUGCAGAGGCCAUCCUUUGGGAACACCAAUACCGCCUCCUCUCCCUCUCUGCGAGUCUCCACCACCGACGUCGCCCGAAAGGCCUCUUACCGCGCAUUGACUGGCGUGCCCUCGGCCGCGAACACCACUCCUGUCAAAAUGGACGGGAGCGACCUUUCCGUCGGCGACACCGUCAACGUGCCUGGCGAAAUGUAUGGCACCGUGAAGUUCUUGGGCAGUGUAAGAGGGAAGAACGGGACGUUUGUGGGUGUGGAGCUGGACAGGGGAUUUGCCGCGAGAGGGAAGAAUGACGGCGAUGUAGACGGCGUCCAUUAUUUCAACACAUCCAUACCAGGCGCCGGCAUCUUCUUGCCCGUUCACCGUGCUGAGAAGCGCAACUCGCCAGCGGUAUCCCUCGACUCAUUCCCUGCGACCCCUAACACGCCAUCUCACAGCACAAACCUGAAUGGACAUACCCCUGGUGGACAGCUCAAGUUCUCACAGUCCGUGGGACCUGGUGCAGGACGGCCCUCAAGUCCUUCAUUCAAGCCUAGAAGGCCGUCUCUCCCACGACCCGAGUCGCCGCUUAGGAGGCAGACACCACAACUACAGCCCACACCAGCGCGCAACCCACUUGGAGCGAGCCAGAGAGGCGCAAGGCCGAGUGCGACUCCGAGCAAAUCAAAUCUCAAAGCAUCCAGCAACUCGAGGCCAUCUACUGCUAACAGCCAGCCUCCACGGCCAUACUCACGGACUGGAUCUCGAUUGGGCCAUAGAGCGGAAGCCGAUAUACCAGAAGAGAGGACGCCCGUGGGCACAGCUAAGACUUCUGGCAUUCGCAAUGGCAGUCAUGGCUCUACCAAGUCGUUUUCACAACCCCUGCGAUCGACUUCGCGCCUGGGAAGUCAUGCCGGACCAGAGGAAGAAGUGCUACGUCUCAAGGCAGAGCUUGUUGAGCGGGAUAAGCGAUUAGCGGAACAAGCAGCAAAUCUGGCAGAUAUGGAAGCUAGCGUCAAAGAGCUGUCUGGACUGCUCCCUACGGAUGGAGAGCUCGCUCGGAGGUCCUCCUUUAACGAUGAAGGCGCCGAUGCGGGCGUUGCUCAGUUACGGCAGAUGCUGCGUGAAAAGAACGAGAAGAUCACCAUUCUGACCUCGGAGUUUGACGCACAUCGAGCCGACUUCCGAAGCACUCUCGACUCCUUGGAAAUGGCAAGCUCCGAAACCGAACGUGUCUACGAGGAACAAAAGCGGGAUCUGAUUGCGCAAGUCGAAGAGCUCAGUGCGAGGUGUCAGGAAUUGGAAGAGCUGAACCAAAGCAAGAAAGAGUUUGACGAUGUCGCAAACCAGCUUAAGCAGCUCGAGGAUUUCGUGCAAGAGCUUGAGGAAGGCCUGGAGGAUGCGAGACGUGGCGAAGCAGAAGCCAGAGGCGAGGUCGAAUUCCUGCGCGGAGAGGUGGAAAGAGGACGAUCAGAGCUGAAGCGCGAAAGGGAGAAAGCUGCCGCUGCUGCCACUGGUGGCACUGGGCCGAAAGAGCUCGAACAAAAGGACGAUGAGAUCAGAGGGCUGAAGGCUAUCAUCCACUCGUUCUCCACGAAUCCAGAAGCAUCGCCGGGCGGAGCUGCUAAGGAUUUGGUCGAACUGAAAAAUGUCAAGUCCGCGUUGGAGGAAGCGCAGAAGGAGAAGGAGGUUCUGGAGCUUGAACUGGAACAGCUGCGCCGCGAUACUGCCGUAACGAACGGGCACCAUCAUACUCGCAAUGAGAGUGAGAUGACGGCGACGCAGCUCAACACAAGCACACGCCCAAGAGGGGACACGAUCAAAGCCACUUUCGCGGAGUACGCGCGUCGAGCCGGCGGGAUAUCGAACGGAGAUGGGGCUGAUAAUAGCAAGCCCACAAAAGCGGCCGGUAGCAGCCUAUACUGCGAGAUGUGUGAGAGUGCCGACCAUGACACGCUCGAUUGCAGCCACUUCCAGAACAGCACUUCCACGGAAGAGUGUGGAGAGGAGAGCAAGAGUGCAGCGUCUGGGCAUCAACGGCACCCAUCAGCUAUGCCUGCACCUCUCAGUCCUGACAAGGUGAUCAAAUUGCCGGCCAAGGAGAAUGACGAGGCGAUGGGCAAAGCAAGCAUACCCAAGCAUGGAGCGGCUCGAGCACAGGGCGAGGAGAAAUGGUGCGCGUUGUGCGAAAAGGACGGGCAUCUUGCGUAUGAGUGUCCGGAUGAACAGUACUAG